AUAUAUUGUGUUGCCAGCCAACGACGCAAUGUUGCUGGUUUGUUGAUUAGGUGCAGACGACACAUUUCAUAUGUAAACAUACAGAAAAUUACGUGUUUGUCUCUGAAUACAUGUGUGUUACGGACAUAGCACGACAAACAAACGCCUUGAGAAUUUUUAAAUUCUUUUUAUGUUUAUUGCUCUACAGAAUAUUUCAUGAAACAAGAAAGAAGAAUUAAAGAUGGGCCUCCUAAGGCUUCCAGAUGAAAUUCUGCUAAUGAUUUUCUCACAUCUUUCCAUUGUUGACCAGGAACGUUUAUCAGGAACAUGCCAGAGGUUAAAAACAGUUUCAUCUGAAAAACGUUUGUAUAGGUUUGUAAGUUUGUUUGGACAGUUUUCUUGUACAAAAGAGAUGUUCCACCUUGUGCUGAAGCCAAGAUAUCGAGGUAUUAUUCAUUUAGAUAUAACAAGCUGCUAUUGGCUUCCACCUGGUGACAUUUGCAAACAUGUAUCAAAAAUGGAUCAACUAGAGAGUUUAUAUGCUGUGGAUACACAGCUUGAUGUGUUUCAUAUUAUACAGCUUUCGCAGAAACUUCGGAAUCUGAAGAGGUUGUCAUUUAACUGGUCCUCAGAGCCACUUGAAAACAAUUGUCCAAAUCCUCUUCUGCAGUUGCAAUUUUUAUAUGUCUAUGUGACAAAAUGGGGUGUUCAUUUUUCUACCCUGUUGUCAUGGCUUGAAAGCUGUAAAAGUCUUCAGGAGUUAUGGAUAUUGUCCUAUGGCAGUGAAGGCAACCAACUUUCCCCUGUUUACAGGCCAUACAACUUCAGUUUUCCAGCUUUGGAAACAUUAGUAAUAAAUGUGGCAGAUGCUUCCUCCUAUAUCUCACAUUUCCUGCGAGAUCUGGUAUUAGGAGCAUCUCGUCCUACAUUUCGCUGCAUGUGGCUUGGUUUCCAUGAUCCUUUUUCAAGGGGUUCCCCUUCAGAAAAACAGUUUUGUAAUGUGGAAUAUUUAUUUCCAUAUCCUCCUUUACUCAAUAUUCCUUCACGCAGAUUAAAAUCAGUGUGCCCUGACAAAACAGUAAACUUAAUGGCAUCUGAAUAUCCAUCACUGAUUCAUCUCCACUUACGGCCACCAGCAGUUGAGGGGACUGAAGAUAUUGAUCCAGCAGUAUUAGAUAAUCUUGAAAGCAUUAUGUAUACAUUACCAUGUAGCUCUUCAUAUAUGAAUGAAGUUACUACAUUAUUUUCUCCAAGCAACAAAUUGCGCAAAGUGACAUUGAAGUAUCUCCAUGGAACUGCAGUUGUAUCAGACCAAAGAAGAAAAAUAGAAGACUUUUUGGUAGUUUUGAGCAAAUCUUGCCUGCAGAUUACAGAACUGGACAUAAGAGGGUGUACUACGUGUGUCACAAGCUCUAGCACCAAUAGUGAACAUUUGUCAAACAUUUGGAAGUUCGUUAAUUUACGCAAACUUGCCUUACAUUACCUGAAUAUCCAGGAUGCAAGAUUUCUUCUAAAGAUAACUUCAAACUGCGAGAAUCUUCAAAGCAUUUCCCUGAAUAGUUUGGGUUUGCAAGGACACUGUGUUUACCUUCCAGAUAUCUGCAAUGCUUUAAAACAUUGUAAAGUCUUGAGGGACUUCAGAAUUGAACACUCAAAUUUGGGCAAAAUAGAGUCACUGUUGGAACAUCUAAAACUAUGUCCACUUGUAGAAAGAGUUGUGAUUCGUUCAAUACGCAACAAGAUCAAGCCAGAUCUUGCUAGCAUAAUUGACAUAAUUGCGAAGUCUUCCAAACUAGUUUAUUUUAUGUGUGCUAUGCCAUCAGUUACACAGCAACAGGAGAAAACUGUGAACAAAAUUGUGAAAGAAAGAUUCUUAAAGGAGCGGCCAGCACUAAUUGUGAGAGUUACCCAGGACAUGAAUGUUAACAGAAAUGUUCCUGGUCUUGUUCAUGCUAGUGAAAUGGUAUCCUUCCAUCCUGCUCUCGGGCCAGUUGAGGCAUCUAUACACAUCACAGGCUUACCAUGAUUGAAGAACAGACUCCAGAAAUUGUGCUGCUCCAAACUGAUUCUGACUUUCCUAUAAUACAUUGUUAUUUUGUUAAACAUGUAUUUUUUAUGUAAUGAACACAUACUGCAACUUUUGUACAACAUUAGUUUUGCAGAACAUAAACAAAGUAAAUAUUAAGAGCUUUGUGGAAACUGAUGUGGUGUACAAUAUUCAGUCAAUGCGUAAAGGUGAUAUAUAUUGAAAAUGGAGAAAAUCUUGGACAGGAGAUAAAAAAAAAGAUAUGUGAUCUCAAGGACAGGUAUGUUUAAGGGGCAGUUACAUGAAAACCAGACAGAAUACUUAACAAGCAUGAUGUGUACAUUAAUAAGGCAGGUAGGUGUGUGUAGAGAAGUGCCCUUUAUUGGGAAUCAGGAAGGAACAGCAUGCACAUUCACUGCUGUGACAUUUGUUCCUUAGAUGUGCUCUAUGUGAGGUCAGAGAGUCGUGCGCUUCUGACUUCAUUGUGCAGGUGGAAAAGAGGAACAACAGGAGUAGAACAGUUUUUGCCUGCAGAGGGUGUGUUGGGAACUGAAAUUCACAUCUAAAUUACUCCUGUGUGUGGCAUACACAGUACGUCAUAUGCACACGUGUUUGCAUGGAAUAAACUAUUUUCGGAAUAUAGGGUGUCAUUGAAAGAUAGCAGUCAGGUAGGACAGGGUCAUCAUCUCAUUACCCUUUCUGUUAUUGCUGCUAUCAGAAAUGACCAAUGGCAGAUGGUGGAAGACAUUCAGCUUGUGUUAGCUAUCAGUCAUAGUACAGGUCAUGCCAUCAUGACAGAGCAUCUGAAGUCUGGAAAAUGUAUGGCAGUGGGUUUGUCACGGCCUGACAGAGCAGCAGAAGCUGAACAGAAUGUCAACAUCACUGCAGCGCCUGGAACAGUAUUGUGAUGAAGAAUAUUGUUUCUUUUGCUUAUUGUUGUGGGAGGUGAAAUAUGGUAUAAUUAUUCCAGAGAGAAAGUGUCAGAGCCAACAGUGGAAGCACAUGAAUUCACUCCCACCAAAAAAUCUGAAGCUGUGCACACCAGCUCUGGGAACAUCGUGAUGACUAUUUUCUAUGACUGCAAGGGCCCAAUGCCCAUUGAGUUUCUGGAACACGGAACCACGGCGGCACGUGGAUACUUUAAAAAAAUUGAAGUGUGUCAUCAAGUCAAAACUAUCAGGAAUGUUGACAGACAGUGUCAUCCUAUUGCAGGAUAAUACCCACCCACAGGUUGCCAAGGUUGUUUUAACUAACCUGCAGAUGUUUCACUGGGAAGCCCUUACACAUCCUCCAUACAGUCCCGAUCUCACCCCAUGUGUUUUCCAUAUGUUUGGAGCCCUGAAGAAGAACAUUUAUAGCCGCUGAUUUGCUUUGCACAAAGAAGUGCAUACCUGAGUACAAUCAUGGUUUCAUAGGCAACCACAAACAUUUUUCGAUGAAGGGGUUGAACAUCUUGUCUCUCAGAAGGGAUAAAUAUAUUAAAAGCUAUGGGUAUUACUUUUCUUUGAAAUAAUAAACAGUUUUCUUUCUUAUAUAUCAAAACAUAACAACAAUCAGUACUUCCGUGACUUCAUUUUAAAAUUCAGCUUGCAUCCCUCCCCCCCCCCCC